AAGAAGCCGUAUGUACGCACCAAUUGAUUUCGUAAGAUACUUACGAGAUUUUAAUGAAACAUCUACUUUUAGUUGGGGCUCUGCAGUUUUAGCGCGAUUAAAUUUUUCGCUCUGUGGAGACAGACCAAGAUGUACAGUGCCUCUGCUAGGCAAAAUGUACGCUACUUUAGGAAUGAGCUUGACUGCUUGCAGUUCCGAAACGUUGUUUGGCAACCGUACGAUAUUGAUAACUUGCCUGCUUAUUGUCGUCGUAGUCCUCAACUAUGGACUUUCCAAGGCUAUGUUAUUUAUCGUUCGAUUAUUGAGCCUGUCAUGCCUAUGCGAUUCACACGACAAUUUGGGAUGUUGCAAAUCAUUCCUGAGCUUACCCAUCCGUAUACGGAGGCCUAUCAUAAACCAAAGGGAUGUAAAUCGACCCAGACGGUACAAGCAUGCGUGGCGCAAUGGAGGGAUAAUCGCUUUGCCCUUACCGUUUUCCAUGAAAUGGAGCCCAUUGUAGGAGAGAAUCCAUUCCAAAUUACCGUGGAAUAUGCUAACUGGUUUGCAAGGUACGGUCGGCGUAUUAUUGGAAACCCAUAUCAUCGACCUCUAGAAGGAUCUGAAAAUACUUCUGCCAAACUUGCAUUCUUGGUGAAUACAAUAAAGAAAGCGGAGCGUCGACUCGGUAAAGUUCCCGGAGCGGUUGCAGCAGAGGUUCGAGAAAACCUUAGGGGUGCUUUAGAAAACUUUGACCCCAACGAAAAUGAGCUUCUUGAAGACGAAGAAAUGCAUGGAGACGAGGAUGAGUUUGAUGCUAACGAGGUCGAGACUGGUCCAUAUUUCCCACAAACUUACAUUACUCAACCCGGACAAAGUACCCAAGAAGAUCUUUUUGGUGCGACACAUUUUGACACACGCAAUUUGGGUGGUGAUAACUUCGCAUCCUCGUCCAUGCCGCAUGACUAUGAGAACAGCCUGGGGGAGACGAUUGCAGAUGAAGUUAUUGACAACCCUGACUCUGAUGAUGAUGAAGAGUACAUUCCUUCGGACGAUGACAUUGACACAGAAGAACAUUGGAUCCAUGAAAUGGAAGCUGAAGCUGGUGUAAGAGGAAUUUCUGGUGGCGUGUCUGAUGGCCUUCUUGCAAUAGGAACUGUAGUCGAUGUUGUCUAUGCAUCCGAACCACCAAACCUUAAUGCUACACCUGAAGAGACCCCGCGCUUUAAAACUACAGACCGGAUUGAUAAUGAAACGUUUUUGUCUUCGCCACGUUCGGAGCAACUUCAUGACAAAGUUCCGGAACAGUGAUCUUAAAAAUUUGGUUUGGGCCGCUGGUAGUACACAUAAUAUCCAACAAUUUGAAGGAUAUAUGGCUGAAAUACGAAACAUGAGUGAGGAGGGAUAUCAGUAUUUAAAUGAUAUUCCCCGUGCGGCAUGGACCCUUUGUUUUGAUGGUGGGUUUAGGUGUGGUAUCUUAACGACANCAUGUCCUAUG